UACGCCUUCGAGAAUACAAGCACAGCUCGAUCCAGCAUUGAUCUACAACCCUGCGACAACGCAAUUGCAUAUCAAUUCACUAGAGCAGCAAUCUACUCGGACAAUCCAUCGGCGGCCGCAGCAUCAGUCUUUGUUUCAACAUAAACAAUGGCGCGAUCAAGCAUCAGAGUAGGCCUUCUCGUGCUUUCGAGCUACAUCGCGCUGUUCAUGCUGUUCCAGGCAACCCCUGCGCUCGCAGCAAAGAAAAACCUCUUCAAAACCUGCGAGUCGACGCCAUUUUGUCGCCGCAAUCGGGAGUUUGCGGAUGCAGCUUCCUGCGUUAGUCCAUCAUCAUGGGCUCCACCGUACGCGGUCGAUCCCUCUACAGUUUCGUUCGAGAGCGGCUUGCUGCAGGGAACUAUUCUCAAGACCGCCCCAAAUUCCGAAACCCCGGUCGAGUUUCUGUUCCAGCUUGUGUUUCUCGAGUCUGGAUCUGUCCGGUUCACGGUCGAUGAGAAGCAACGCAUGCAGGCCACGGCGCUCCCUGGCUUCCCCGACAAUCUGACACAGCGACGAUACAAUGAAGCAUCGAAAUGGGCAGUUGUCGGUGAUCUGACUCCGGAUACUAGUGCCUCAGAGUCAUCGACCGCAGAGGAGCAGGCAGAUGGACUUUACAAGGUCAAGUAUGGUCCCGAGAAACAGUUUGAAGCUGUGCUGGACUGCAAGACGCUUCGAAUCGAGUUCUUCAGAGAUGGCGAGGCACACGUGGUUUUGAACGAUCGAAGACUGCUGAACAUGGAUCACUGGCAAGAGAAGCCUGCUCCUGCACAGCCCAAAGAGGAAGGAGUUGAGGAGGGUGCAGAAGAGUCCGAGGCCAGCGCCUCGGCUGCCGUACCUAAAGGCUUCCCUGAUGCCAGUGAAUGGACCGACAACUUUGGAGGAUUUACAGAUAAGAAGCCCAAGGGACCGGAAGCGGUAGCACUCGACAUUACAUUUCCCGGCUACGAACACCUGUUUGGCAUUCCCGAGCAUGCGGAUAAAUUCUCUCUUCGCGAGACCAGAGGUGGCGAGGGCAAUCACGACCAGCCUUAUCGGCUUUACAAUGUCGACAUCUUCGAGUACGAAGUCAACAGCCCAAUGGCUAUGUACGGCGCUAUUCCUUUCAUGCAGGCUCACCGCAAAUCGUCCUCGGUGGGAGUAUUUUGGGCGAACGGCGCAGAUACUUGGAUCGACAUCACGAAGCCCGAGGUGGCAGAGAACGCGUUCAACGCCAGAAGAUCGACUGAAACGCACUGGAUCUCCGAGUCUGGUAUCUUGGAUGUCUACGUCAUGCUAGGUCCCAGCGCAGGCUCAGUCUACAAGCAGUAUGGAGCACUGACUGGAUACACUGCCCUUCCGCCAAUCUACGCUCUGGGAUAUCAUCAGUGCAGAUGGAACUACAAUUCUGAGGAUGAUGUGCUCGAGGUCGAUGCUGGCUUUGACGAGCAUGAGAUUCCUUAUGACGUUAUCUGGCUUGACAUUGAGUACACCGAGGGUAAGAAAUACUUCACUUGGUGGAAAUCUAUGUUUCCGACUCCUGAGAAAAUGAUGCAAACUCUGGCGAAGCGCAAGCGGAAGCUCGUGACUAUCAUCGACCCGCAUAUCAAAAAGGAGACGGGGUAUAAGGUGUACGAGAAUAUGUCGAAGAACGAGCUUGCUAUCAAGACUAGUGACGGCAAGGAGUACAACGGAUGGUGUUGGCCCGGCGAAUCGGCGUGGAUCGAUACUCUCAACCCCAAGGCUGUCGAUUACUGGAAGGACCAGUUCAAGCUUGGCAAGUUUUGCGGAUCGGAAUCUAACCUUCUGAUUUGGAACGACAUGAACGAGCCGUCAGUUUUCAAUGGCCCCGAAGUUUCGGCGCCGCGUGAUACGAUCCACUUUGGUAACUUUGAGCACCGUGAUGUCCAUAACAUCUACGGAAUGACCUUUGUCAAUGCCACCGUACAGGCCCUGCAAGCCCGCCAGCCUCGUCAAAGACCUUUUGUGCUCACCCGUUCCUUCUACUCUGGAUCGCAGAGACUGGGUGCGGUAUGGACAGGCGACAAUGCCGCGAAAUGGGAGUACCUCCAGGUUGCACUGCCUAUGAUUCUCAGCCACGGCGUCGCAGGCUUUGGCUUUGUCGGUGCUGAUGUUGGUGGCUUUUUCGGAAACCCGACCACUGAGCUUCUGACUCGAUGGUACCAGGCUGGAGCCUUCUAUCCGUUUUUCAGAGGACACGCGCAUAUUGAGUCCAAACGCCGUGAGCCGUGGCUAUUUGGUGAGCCAUACACGUCUUACUUGCGGAACGCUAUUCGCAUGCGGUACCAGCUGCUUCCUUCGUUGUACACCGCAUUCCACCGUGCGAGCUUCGAAGGUAUGCCAGUUGUUCGUCCGAUGUUUUUGAUGGCGCCGGAGAACGAGGAAGCGCUUGGUAUCGAUGAUCAGUUUUUCUUUGGUGAGACUGGGUUGCUGGUCAAGCCGAUUGUGGAAGAAGGCAAGGUCGAGACCGAUAUCUAUCUGCCGGACUCUCAGGUGUACUACGACUAUUUCGAUCAGACGGUCUACCAGGGCGUAGGAUACCACCAUAUGGAUGCGCCUCUUGAGAAGAUUCCCAUUUUGGCUAGAGGAGGGCAUAUUUUGGUGCGCCGUGACCGCUACAGAAGGUCGUCUAGCUUGAUGAGCCAUGACCCGCUUACUUUGGUUAUUCACCUCGAUAAGGACGGCAGCGCGGCAGGCGUGCUUUACAUGGACGACGGGGAAACCACUGCGUUUUCGCGUGGCGCGUAUCUUUACCGCUUCUUCAUGUUUAGCGCGGAGGACAACAUUCUGCGCUCGCGCAACAUGCUGCCGCCGAACCAGAUCAGCAAGAGCUACGAUAAGACGAUCGACGCUGUGCGGAUUGAGCGGAUUGUGGUUGUCGGCUUUGACACGGCGCAGCUGAAGAAGAGCGGAGUGGUGGAGUCGUUCCAGGACCGCAAGUCUUGGCCUACCGAGAUUGAGGUCACCGAGGCGGCAGGUGGUAAGGCGAGCGUGGUUGUUGUUCGUGAUCCGAAAGUGCUUGUUACUGGUGACUGGUCUAUUCAGUUUUAAAAGGGAGAUGAGGGUCUAGUUGUAUGUAGAUGGUGAAUGAGAAGUUAGUGAUC